AGUGAUUAUCAGUUUCCAGGGCAGACGAAGACAUUCCUCUUCUACAACUUUCCAAAGAAGUGUGGGACAGGAGAUCUAUGGUAUUGUUUUCUGAGGUAGACGGGAGUAAUAAGCGUGAAAGGCCAUUCAGCGAGAAGGUAAAGGAAAAGUUGGUGGAUAAUGGAGAUAUGGUAUUAAACCAGUAUGCGAGGGAGAUGGUGGGUUUUGAUGAUAAGAAUGCUGGAAUAGGAAGUAUGGUGGCUGUUGUGAAGUCUUUGGAAUCCAUAACAGCUAUUCAGGAAAGAAUGGAUGUGGAUGGUGGGUUGAUCAGUUUGUCACCAUUAGGAGGAAGACAAUUUUUGCUAAUUGAACGUGUUCAAGGAUAUUUAUCGGAUUAUAGGCCUGGAGUGUUAGAUGCUUUGAGAAGAUUGGCAAAUCAGUGGGCGAAGUGGUACGGAUCCAUGAAGACACGAGGAAUAGAGUUAUUUUGUCAGAGGGCAGAGUAUUGGUUUUUAAGUUCAAAAGCUGGCACGAUAUCAAAGUCCAUUACAUUGAAAGUGAAUGAAACUUUACUUGGGAUGGUAGGUAAGGCAGUAGAUGUAGAGGAAGAUGAUAUCAUCUGUCCAAAAAGGGUUUUUAGAUUACCAAUCGAAGGAUGGACUGAGGUAUCCUCAUUGGUAGCAAUUGUAGCAACCACGGGCUUGGAAGACUGAUCAGGCUUUGAUUGGGUCUUCCACUGAUCAGAUCCCUGAGUUCAGAAUGAGGUUGUAUGGUUUUUUAUUUUUAUUCUUUAUAUAUGCUCUUAUUAUACACAAAAUGUAAUGUGUCUACUUGUACAGAAAGCUAAAACUAUAAGGGGGUUUGUGUUUUUAACCUUGAAGUUCUUCAAAAGGUAUUUAGCAAGUUGAGACACGCUGCCAUGCUGAUGAUUGUUGUUUGGGAAGUACUGAACUUUCCUCAAUAGAGUUUUAUCAAUAACUUUGUCCAGAACAUGGAUUCUUCCUUCGCUCCCAUUUCAUUGUUGUUUUUUUUAAUAUUGUUCUUAAUAUUGUUUUCCUUAUAAAUUUUCCAUUUGCAG